AUGGUUCAGCCAACACAUACUGCUCGUUCAAAUGGUGUAUUACAAAGGCAAGUCUCCUUUUCAACAGACAAGUUCAAUUUAGAAGUGACGGCGGCCGAACUUGUGUCCAUUGAGCAUGCUCUACUAGGGCAGCACUUGCUGUCUUUACCGUCAUUUUCAAUCUCUCAUGGGACAACUUUGAUUGGAGACAGCUUGGGUGACUGCAAUGAUGACUCUUCGGAUAGCGAAGUCAGCGCAUCCUCUGAAGAUGAAGACUAUCCGUCCUACUCCUACUCUGCAUGCUACAAGGCCCCAUACCAUACCACCAACCGCAACAAUACUCCACCCUCCCCAGGCAUUGUAUCUCAUGAGAGCCUUAGUUCUGGUGAGGAAAUGGCUGGCCUAGCUGAUGAUACUAUUUGUACUGAUGAAGACUAUGCAGACUAUGCCAUUGAUGACUGCUCCGAUGAUAACUACUAUGCUGAUGAAGACUACGCAGAUGACACCGCCAAUAUUGAAGAAGAUACACACAAUGGUCACCAAUGGCGGGUAACAUCUAGGACACUUCAGCAACUCUAUGGACAUCCUUAUGCCCACAUCAGACCCGCCAUCAAUCCAAGGGUGGCAUUAGCUGAUCCAAUCUGCCCAUCACCAGACAGUAUACAGUUAGCUGGAGGCUCAAUAGAACAAACGAUAGCACGCUGUCACUUGAUUUCUAUUCAGACAACCGGCUCCAGCCUGGUCGCCAUGAUUACCUAUAUGCAGUUGGCUAUACAGUGCCAAAGCAUCAUCAAUGCAUCUACUGAAACAAAAAAGUCCAGCAUUCGCCAAAUUUACAAUGAUCAUGUUGUGAUGCUAAAGGAUGCGCCUUCAGAGUGCACUUUUCAUCGCUGGCAUGAAUACGGCUGCAAAUUUAUCAUCCUAGCUGCAGGUGGUUUAUUUUUCCUUCUUGUUCUCAUAGCAGGGCUUGAGAUUCAAUGGAAAGUCGCAUCAAUGAGGUUUGCUGUUCUUUAUCAAGUGGCCAAGGUGUUGAGGCAGCCAGCGACCGCCAGUGGCAAUCCUGAGUCCAGUGGCACGCCGCAGUUAAUCACCAAUCAUAUUAUUCCUACCAUCGCUUGGAUCAGAUUUCGCAUGCCUAUCUGUUUGCAAAAUAUAUUCUGCUCAUUGUUUCUAACAAGUGUUGGGGUCGGUGAAACACUAGACUGUACGGAUGUGCUGAUCACUGAUAAAGUGUUUGAUCAAUUCAAACAACAUAAGGGCAUCUCCAGUCGCUUAUCUUCCACGCUCUGUGGGGUGAAUAAUUGCCGUGGCGCGAUAACACCCAUUGACGUCACUGUCAUUCAAACAUCAUAUGACCGGAAACAUGCAACCAAUGUUCGUUUCCCUGCGAAGACGAACAGGAGGGAGAAUGUCAUAUGGACUGAAGGGGAGCGAGUGAAAGUGGAGGCAGGAGAAGUUGUCCAGGACAUCAAUGACUUGCAUAGCAAGUUGAAUGAACUGUACGUUGAUGGCUGCAGAACUGAAGACAGGUACCUACGCAUACCAAUGAGCAUUCUGCAAGGUCUCAUGGCCUUUGUCUGUUCAUCCCUACCUGAGGUCAUUCGCCGUGGCCCCACCAGCAGCUUGCUCGCAUGCUUUGAUGGCAAGGAGGCCUUGCAAAUGCAACGCAAGCAAGACUAUCUUGAUGAUCAAGAUUCUGAUGAUGCACCAGAAGUGGAGCAUAAUGCUAACUAUGAUCUAGAAAAGCGGGCAGAGAAAAUCCUUAGCCGUCCUUUCCAGUGCCUGCACUUUUCUACUUGGAAUCGAUACUCGACUAUGGGAGCUGAUGCGCCCACGCAUAUUCACCCGCAUGAGAUGGCUAGAGUUGAUGUCAGCCGCACCAAUCAUAUGCAGUGUUUACCCUAUGCUUCAGAAGACAUUUUAGAGCAUCAACAACUCUAUAGUAAUGUUCUGGCUGCAUUUGGUGAACUCUUUGAAUGGUUAGAACAUGUGAUGAAGACACAUUUACCAGAGGAGUAUGAAGUCAUUGUUGAACUCAGUCAGAAUCUCCCAGGUGGAGAAUGCUCACCAGUUGCUCCAUUUCUAUUGUUGGUCAUCAACCUUAAUGUGACCACAGAGGCUCACCAAGACAGGUUUGAUAAGGACCUGUGUCUUGUCCUACCCAUAGGCGAGUUUACAGGUGAGGCUUUAGUGCAGUUUGAACAGGGAUUAGUGUUGGAACUACGUUGUGGUGACUUUGUCGUCUUUCCCUCUGCUGACACCACCCAUUUUAACCUACACUAUGAGGGUAUGAAGGCGUCUUUUGUCUGCCAUACUGACAGAGGCUUUGAUAAGUGGAAGGAGGGGUAUAAUGGAUGGGCCGCCAACAAUCACUUUCACUGA